CGACGACGACUUUUCGCAAACUGCACUCUCCAUUAGUCCACGUACACUCUCCUCUUCCGCAGAGCCUGACGCGAUCACCGGCUAUGAUGUCGUCGCUCAACGGCGCGCCGCUCGAUACCCACGCGCCCGGCCACGAGGACACCUCGAUCACCAAAAAUGGCUUCAAGAUCACGACGCGAAAGCUGCCUAUCCUCAAGGCCGGCCCAAUAGAGGAAAUGACCACCAAGCUGGGGAUUGCGCCGCCGGAAAUGAUAUUCGGCGACAAUUUCGUGCGCAUUGAACACGCAGCCAGCGGCUGGCGCAUCGAGUUCAACGCUUUCGAUGCACUUGAUCGCGUCGACAAGACUGGAGACUCGAUGCUGAAGGUGUCUUACUCCAAGGAGUGGCAGCAGAAUCGCCAAAAGCAAUUUGAGGACAUUAAGGAGGUUGUGAAGCCCUUCGACUGGUCCUACAGCACCGACUACAAGGGUUCGACUGCAGAAUCCCCCGCAUUCCAGUCGACCGAUACGCCGAUACCGCUGGCCCUGCUUAAGCGUCCCGACCCAAUUCAGUUCUUCGACGACGUCAUGCUCUACGAAGACGAGCUCGCAGACAACGGCAUCGCGAUGCUCUCGUGCAAGAUCCGUGUGAUGCCGGCGAGGCUACUGCUAUUGACCCGCUUCUUCAUGAGGCUGGACGAUGUCCUCUUCAGAAUCCGAGAUACACGGGUCUUCGUCGAGUUUGCGACGGGAGAAGUCAUCAGGGAGUACACCGCGCGGGAAGAAAAGUACGAAGUCGUCCGCAAGGUGCUCGCGGGAACGAAGGAAGACGUUCUCGCCCUCAUGAGAGAUCCAAACCGACUUGCGGAGUACAUCCCUGUCGUGGGGAAGACACUUGAGAAGGUGGUGUUGAAGUGAGGCAGAUGAGGCAAAUACUCAAGGAUCACAGCGUGCGAAGCCCCUUAACGGACACCAUACAGAGCUGGUGUGCUCGAAGGAGUCUUAGGGAAGGAGUGUACGGUUGCACCUUGACUUCCCCUAUUGAGCUCUGUGAAUAGACCCCUCGCCCUUCCUCCAACCGAAGUUGGCACCAUGCUCCCCGUAGAAGGGCAAUUGGCGAGAUGGCACUAUAUUCAGACCCUUCUUCUCCCUUCGGAAUAGAAGGAGGAGCCGCAGAGAUCGAGUUCGAAGAAUUCAAGGAAGCGCACCCUUGCUGCCCGAUCGAAGGUGCCCGCAGAAAGGAUUUGAUGGAACGGAAUGAGUGAAGGAUUAAAAAUAAGAUAUCAGGGUAUUCCUAGAGAAGCUACUAUCCUAAAGUUACGC